CUCUCAAUCCCAGAGGGGUGUGUUACACAGUUCUCCUUCUCUGGCCGGCCUGCCAUAGGACUUCCGCUGUCACCUGCGGAAGUACGCCAGAGGGAAGCUACUUUGAGGCCGUUACAGUCCCCUGGUCAGAGCUAGCCAUGACGAGGACUUCUACGUGCAUAUACCACUUUUUUGUUUUGAGCUGGUAUAUUUUCCUCAAUUUUUAUAUCUCACAACAAGGAGAGGAUCCGCGGAAACCCAAAGUCUUUCUAAAUGGUGGACAAUGGAAGUACUUAACAUUCCUUAACCUGCUCUUGCAGGCCCUUUUCUACGGGGUGGCCUGUCUGGAAGAUGUGCUGAAAAGAGCUAAAGGGAAAAAAGACAUUAAGUUCGUAACAGCCUUCAGAGACCUGCUUUUCACCACGCUGGCUUUUCCGAUAUCUGCAUUUGUAUUUUUGUCAUUCUGGAUCCUCUUUCUCUACGAUCGAGAACUCGUUUACCCUAAGGCCCUAGAUGGUAUCUUUCCAGUGUGGUUGAAUCAUGCAAUGCACACAUCUAUAUUGCCCUUCUCUCUGGCUGAAGUCAUCCUCAGGCCACACUGCUAUCCACUGAAGAAGAAAGGACUCACCUUGUUGGCUGUUGCUAGCCUUGCUUAUGUCAGCAGGGUUCUAUGGAUCUACUCUGAGACGGGUACGUGGGUGUAUCCCGUGUUUGCCAAACUCAGCCCAGUGGGUCUAGCAGCCUUCUUCUCUCUCAGCUACAUCUUUAGCGUCGGCAUCUACCUAUUUGGAGAGAAGCUCAACCACUGGAAAUGGGGCAACAUGAAUAUGCCAUUGGAUCCCAAUGAGCAAACAGGCUGGCAUCAGCAUGUGGACCCUCAUUUGCAUCAUGCAUAUGUGAAUGUUCAUGUGAACGACGGACACUACCUCAGCUGCUUGGCUGAGAAGGGUGUUGGAAAUGAUGGUCACAUCUACCCACUUUCUGCCUCCUCGUGUGUCAUGUCAGUGGGUGAAGGUGAAGAAGAGAUUGAGAAGGGCAAUAAUAAGGAGUGA